AUGCUGGCUUCAACUCAGACAAAUUUCUCCUCCCCAAGGAACAAGUUGAAAAAGAGAGAGUUUCUGAUUAGAGGCUGUGAGGAAUACCAGAAGGGGGUGGCAAUGAAGUGGCUAAAGAUGGAGGCGACUAUGCAUGGUAUGGUAUAUUCGACCGUUUGGCUCUGUCGGGAUUUGCAGGGUCACCAGCAUGUUGCUAUGAAGGUUUACGAGCGAGACUUCACUCAAGCCCAAAGAGAGCUGCAUGUAUACAACCAGUUGAACCCGAUCGUGACUGAACAUAUCGGAUCUACCCUUGUGCGCACUGCGGUGGAUAAUUUGGACAUCAGCUUACCAAAAGGCAACCAUUUAUGCCUUGUCCAUAAACCCCUUGCCAUGAGCCUGGCAGAACUUAGGGCUAGAGCACCCUCAAGGAAGUUCCCGGAGGACCUGUUGAAGCCUACCUUAAUCCACAUCUUCUAUGCUCUCGACUUCCUCCAUAAUGAAGCUCAAGUCAUUCAUACUGGUUCGGACCUCAACACAAUCCCCCAAAAAACUCGUUUAUUUUUCAGUGACAUAAUGAGCUCGAGAGUCCUAGGCCUCGAAAAAAUUGACGGCGAUAGAAUAAUCUACCAGUUCCGAAAAUCCAUGGCCGCCCUUUCAACGACGUGCCAUGAAGAUAUUCAGCCUUACUUGUAUCGGGCUCCUAAAGUUUUGCUGCGGAUGAGGUGGGACAACAAGGUGGAUAUCUGGAAUGUCGGCGUUCUAAUUUGGGAUCUCUUUGAAAAUAUGCACUUGUUCGACGCUCGUGACGAAAAUAGGCAGAAUUUGAACUUGCAUCACUUGGCUGAAAUGGUUGCGUUGCUUGGGACUCCACCGGUUGGAUUUCUAAGACAAUUUUUUGAUUAUCAAGGAGCCUGGAAAGGUGCAAUUGACAUUCCAGCCAUUUCACUAGAAAUGUUGGAAAGAAACCUCUCCGACAGUAAUAAAGAUAUGUUAAUUCAAUUCGUACGGAAAAUGCUACAGUGGAAUCCGGAAGCGAGGCAAUCAGCAAAAGAACUCCUUGAUGACCCCUGGUUACGAUCCGAGUAA